AUGCUUCAAACCGUUGCAGGGCUUGGAUGGAGGUCACAUUCUAGUAAACCUGCUCAAAACUUACAUAUAGGCAAACCUGGAGCUGGCUUUAGCUUUGAACUUACUGAUGAACAGAAAGAGUUUCAAGCUACUGCUCGUAAAUUUGCUGCGGAGGAAAUAAUUCCCGUUGCUGCACAAUAUGACAAAACUGGAGAGUAUCCUCUUCCACUUAUAAAACGGGCUUGGGAACUUGGUCUUAUGAAUUCACACAUACCAGAAAGCUGUGGUGGUCUUGGCCUCGGCACUUUUGAAGCAUGCCUUAUUACGGAAGAGUUAGCUUAUGGAUGUACAGGGGUUCAAACUGCCAUUGAAGCAAAUUCCCUAGGGCAAAUGCCAGUAAUCAUUGCAGGAAAUGAGCAUCAGCAGAAAAAAUACUUAGGAAGAAUGACAGAGGAACCAAUGAUGUGU